AUGGGGCGACACCGCACCGGCGAAAAGGGUCCGGCGCACUUUUGCUCGUGCGAUGAAUUUUCAAUGGGAAAAGCGACGGCCAGGGUGCAUCUGUUUGUCUUUCGGAUCACGCCUUUAACGCUGAGACUUAUAAUGCCUCCGCCGCUCGGAUUUCGCGGCACAAUAUCGCCAGUGCCGUCGGGUUUUUCACCAGCAGUAAUAACAGCAGGAACAAAAGAGCAGCCCAGCAGAACGCAUAAACGCAUAAAACAGUACGCGAGCGAAAGAUCCAAGGCGCAAGAUUUUGUUACAAAAAAAUUUACUAAAAUCCGAUGGAACAUACGGAGAGAUCAGUGUUUCACUCAAAAUACUCCCUCAAUCGCUCCAACAAUCAUCUUCGGAAAUUCCACCAAAAUCUUCCCCCUUGCCCGUUCUGUUUCGAACAACGGUAUAUUCCAGCAAGAUACUCGAAAUACUACCGAAAAAGACGACGUAAAGAGAGGGCAUCGGACAGAAUCAGAGAAUAAUAUCGAGCACACGAGAGCUCAAAGCGAGUGGCAUCGGAUCGAUCGUUUGGCGUUUGAAAGGGAGCCGGCCGGAUCGAACGGGCAAUCGGCGAACCGGCCCAUCGAUGUCGCGGUCGAGCAUUACGUUUUUCCUGGCCGGAUGUAA